ACAGCAUUCUACCAUACAUAUCGCAUGUAUCACACCCCGUGCGCUCGACUUAGGACGCUGCAAGAGCUACCUCUUUGGCUGACCCCUUCAGUGUGGUUCUAUGGCCUACUGAUGGUCUGUGGUGGAGAUCGCCACUAAGCUAGUCGAUCGAGAUUUUGAACAUUUCGUCCAGCUCCUCCUGUUUUGACAUCACUACAUCGCUCGCACUCUCAGCUAUACGCAGGUCGCGGCGGGGGCCAAGGUGCACUCGCAAGGAUGGCUCUCCAACCUAACCCUUUGAAGAUUCUCGCUAUAGGCUCUCCAUUAUCCCAGCUCGACGAAACAGCGUCCAAAAUCAGAGCGAUCAACUCCAAGCAUGGCCCGUUCGAUGCUUGCGUACUAGUCGGCGACGUCUUUGCGGAAGAGAGUGAUGGUAUGGAGGUCGAAGGCUUGAGCUUCCCAUUACCUACCUACUUCACCCUUGGCAAAUUCCCUUUGCCCGAGAGAAUCCAAGAGAAGAUCUCUUUGACUGGAGGAGAAGUUGUUGACAACCUCGUGUUUCUAGGCAAGGCGAGUGUGCUCACGACGGCUCAAGGGCUCAAGAUUGGAUGUGUGGGCGGAGUGUACCAGGAAGAGCUCUAUAAUGCUCCGAAUAGUAAUGCGGACCCCUACACACCCGUCAUGGCCAAACCCGCCAUAGAUGCUUUACUUUCCAGCUCUGCCCUCAAUCCUACCUUGAACGACGCAUCAUCAUCCCUCGCGUCGGCCAGACAAUCAUCGUCAGCUCUUCCUACAGCAUUCCAGGGCCUAGACCUUUUGAUCCUAUCGGCACCUCCUCCUCAUCUCUCCCUCUUGUCCACCACUGUCGCUUCUCUAGGCCAUCCUCUGGCUACCGCGGCUGAACCAUUGGCCGAAGUUGUCAAAAAGGCCAGACCGAGGUACAUGCUUUGGGCGGAUGGCGAAGGUUUCUGGGAGCGGGAGCCAUUCGGAUGGAAGAGCUCCUCAGGUAGAGAAGAACGUUGGACAAGAAGCGUCAAAUUGGGAGCUUUUGGAGCUCUGACUCCGGAAGGAGGCAAGAAAACCAGGUGGUUCUACGCUUUCAGUCUACCUGCGCAAACACCUACCACGUCUAUUCCUGAACGACCGAAAAACGCUACUCCUAACCCUUACAGCAUGUCAACGGGCAGCGAGGGCAGUGCGGGAGUCAAGCGAGGGGCUGAUGACGAGGAGGAUGGAGAGGUCAAGCGGAGCAGGACCGGUAAGCUUUGCUGAUCUUGGUGGCCUUCAGCUUAUGAUAUCAGAUCGGGGUCCACCUCCGGACUCGUAUGUCUGCAAGAUAUGCAACACUCCAGGGCACUGGAUACAAGAAUGUCCGCAGAAAGUUGACAGGGAUCCUGCGAAGCCUCCACCAGGCUAUACUUGCAAAAUAUGCCAAUCG